AUGGCAAGUUUCACUCGUGCUGCAUUCCCGCAGCUCUCAUCUCUCGUACGACACAAUGCCGCUCGCCGAUUCCACUCCUCCCCUUUGAACGCCGCAGUCGCACACCCCAUUACCGCCCAUGGUCCCCCACCCAAAGCUCCAGAGCCAGCAGCCGGUUCAAAAAGCGAACAGAAAUCAGAGGCAUCGGCAACAAAUGCUUCAACAAAGUAUAAAACGAUUGAGUUGAAAUCGCGGUUCUGGAAUGAUGUCCAUGUACACGGGAAAUCAGGAGAAUAUCAAGUUCUACUCGACAAGCGUCCCGUCAGAACACCCAAUAAAGAUAUCCUCACAAUCCCCGCUACAAAGCCUCACCUUGCACAUGCCGUUGCGCUAGAAUGGGACGUGAUGACAUCCGCCCAACAAGCUCUGAAAAGUCAUCUUAUCCCCCUUACAUCGCUUUCUGCGCGCGCCGCAGAUAUCGCCCGUGAAGAUGAAGCAGGCGACAAGACAACCCGAGAGGCAAUCAUCAAGACCGCAAUGCGAUACCUCGAUACCGAUACAUUGUUAUGCUGGGAACCAGAGCGGAGAACCACUUCGAUUCUAGACCGGACACCAGUAGAGGCGGAGGAGAACGUCGAGAGUCUGCGUGAGAUUCAGAUUCGUGUUGCGCAAGGUAUCAUGGGGUUCUUGUCUACUAAGGUCUGGCCUGGAUUGGAGAUUAAGCCCAUCCUUGACUCCGAUAGCAUUCUCCCCGUGUCACAGCCACCCGCUACCAAGGAUAGUAUUCAAACUUGGGUGUCGGAGCUCUCGGCUUAUGAUCUAACUGGGUUGGAGAGAGGUAUUUUGGCCUCUAAGAGUUUACUGGUUGCUACACGACUGCUGGUUGAGUGGAGUGAGAACUUCCGUCAUCUUCAACGAUCUGAAGGACAGAAGUGGGGAUUGGAUGAGGCGGCCGAGGCUGCUAAUUUGGAGGUUAAGUGGCAGACAGAUAUGUGGGGUGAGGUUGAGGAUACCCAUGAUGUUCAGAUUGAGGAUUUGAAGCGACAACUUGGUAGUGUUGUUAUUCUUGUUAGCGGCGAGACUCGAUAG